GCCCCUCUUUGAUUUGAAGUUACCAGCCGCCACUAUACAAUUUCAUUACUUUAAUAUAAAUGUGAAUUUGCCUAUGGUCACAAGUGAUAAUUCAAUAAAGGUGUUUAAAAAAUCAGGAACAGUUUACAGGCGUGUCUACAAAUAUGAAACGAUAUAAGAUUUAAUAAUAGAGAAAUCUGCACUGUUACUAUAGCUACCAUUACGCCUGCGGGACUAAACAUUCCGAUUUGUAGACGGAUGUAUUUCCCCGUAACACAUUAAAAAAUGUCAGCACAAUCAGGCCAGACGGGGGUUGCUAGAGCUGUAGUGCAACAAUGUUUGCAUGCGACACUGCAGGUGAAGCCAGCCGAUUCCGGCUCGGAAGCAGAAUGGACAGAGAUUGAAAGAGGCAUGGUUAUAUAUGUCUGCUUUUUCAAAAAGGCCACCGAAGACAUUAUUCCCAAAAUGGUAAACUCUUUGUUAAACAUGAAGUUAUGUGAGAUGGAGAAUGGCAAACUAGUGUCUGUUCUUGACCUACCAGGAAAUAUUCUUAUAGUGCCUCAAGCCACUCUGGGAGGAAAGGCCAAAGGAAGAAACAUGCAGUAUCAUUCCAAUAUUGGAAAAGAAGAAGGAAUACAUCUGUAUUCUCAGUUUGUUUCCCAGUGUGAAAAAGAACUGACUACUUCAGAUAAAUGUCUUGAAAUGGGUGUUUUAGUUAAACAUGGAACAUAUGGGAACAGACAAGUUCUAAAACUGGACACAAAUGGACCUUUCACACACUUGAUAGAAUUUUAAAAAUUGGAACCACAUUUAAUAUACAUUUUUCAUUUAUCUAAAUAUUGUGCAACUCUUUCUUGUCAAUAACCGUGGAAGAAGAUAAAAACACAUCUUCCUGA